GCUUCGGCAACUUUCCAGAAUCCGUUGCAGACAGACCCGUUAUAAGAACGAUGGGCCCCUGAAUAGUAUGUUUCGUAAUUCCAGAUCCACGUUGCACUAGAGACACAAAAGAUGAAAGACCUACAGCAUCGUCAUUCAGAGGGCAGGAUUGCCAAAAGGGUCCUGAAGGCCUGUGAUCUAUGUCGACGGAAGAAAGCAAAGGUAAACCUGAAGGACCAGGAUGGAUGCAUCGACUUGCUAAAGCUGGCAGUGUGAUGGCGAGAAUCCCUGCUGCCGCUGCAAGGCUUCUGGACUGAAAUGCACGUUUCACCAUACUUUCAAGGCAAACGAGAGACCCAAACCCCAGGGGUGAGCAAUGAACCGACCCUCCCUGCUGCACUGCAGCCGAGACCCACAAAGAUCUUAGCUGAGAGAGAUAGGUACGUCGAAAUGCUCGAGAGAGACCGCCAGCACUUGAUCGACGGCCUCCGGAAGCUCUAUCACCACACAGUCGAAGAAUGCCCGGGGGAGCCGUUAGCACCUUAUCUCGGUGAUCAACAACGCCCUCCCGUCCACGAGAUCCUGAGUCGGCUACAAGUGUUGUCGGAGCCGAAAGAUUCUGAGCUCACCGGCCAAACGGCUGCUACUGGGACGACGAUUGAAACACCGGAACCGUGUUUGUCCUGCCCGAAUUUACUUGCCGAUCUCCCUGGUAGUGACGAUGCCUUGACUCCAUCAACACCCUCUGGCUUUGAUUUCGAUUUCUCGGUCCCCGAGCCGCAGUGGCCGGUGCUUGACUCCGAUCCUACCUGCCAGAGUCAGGAGUCGGUGGCAUACACGAAUGCGACGGCAGACGUAGAAGAACUGCCGCUUCAGGAGGAAUGGCCAAUGCAGGGGGGCACCGGUUAUUUGCUUCCGAGGACACAUGAGGUUCAGAAUACAUCGAUAGACGAGAUCCAGUGGCCGCCUACUUUCCAGGAACACGCUCUAGAGCCGACGGUAGUCUCUAAGAGACCAUUACCCUGGGAAUAUUGGCCAAUGCAAACAACCGGGAGUGGUGCAAUUGAUGUUCAAAAUGAAUUGAUAGAUGUGACCCAGUGGGACUUUUAUAACCCAAUGAACGACUGGACAGGUCUUUUAUGAUGC